GCACGCUCUGCCCAGCCUCUCCUGUCAUCCAAUCGUUCAGCCCUUCCAUCACCUUAAACUCACAGGAUUCGCUUUCCUUUUACCCUUUAUUUUUUUUCAGAAGGCAAACGAUCGUCUGUCGACCGGUUUCUACUCAUACGAUUCUACAUCAAUUCUCACACCCGUCAUUGUUAACCACAAGUGUCUCCCCAAGUAAUAUCUGCUAUAUUGCCCCGAACUGCUCUCAACUCGACAGUCCUUGAAGAUUCUACAAUGUGGUUGCUGUCAAAGAUAUGGCACAAAAGAAAGCAAAAGCCUACAAAGACUUCCAAGAAAAAACCUACCAAUGCGAAAACCGGCGUGCGUCCUACCCCCGUCUUUGGACCUCCCAAUCAGACGUCCAACACCAACAAGGCACCUGCGAUUUCGGAUUCAGUGUUGGAACAGGAUCCAGAAGAGAGGGUACUAGAUCAAGCACCGACACUCCCACCUUUGAUCAAAGUAUCUGAUGUUGAUGAGGGGAUUGACAUCCCGGCUGUGGACCAUCUAGCAGUGACCACUGCCGAUGACCUGGUACCAAGCAAAGCUUCUCGAAAGAGCUGGGAAUCCGAUGAGACGCAUAGAAUUGAGUCUGAUGAGGUCACCAUAAAACAAUUCGACAACCAUGACAAGAGUGAGGACAUCAAAGAUGGGAAGGAAUGUGCGCACGAACUGCCGAGGUGUCCAGCUAUUGAUAUCUCGCCACCCCGAAGUGCCGGCUCAGACGAACUUUCCGGAAACACGGUCAAUAAUGAUUCUCUCUUACUUUCGGAACCACUCUCAGGAUAUUCAUGCGAUGAGUCUUCCGAUGAAGGAGAGGACGACAUCUCAGUUACUGCUUCACUACUCGAUGAAUAUACAACCGCUGAUCGGGAUCGACGCCCUUCAAUGUGCUCUGCUUAUGAACCGAGGCGGCAAGGCCCUUGGAUUCGUCCGAAACACAGCAGUCCAGAAAUGUCAUACUGGCGCUCAAGUCAUUUGUGCCGGACAAGUUUGGACGCGUUGAGACACCCGUCGAAUGACCCAAUUUCGCAUAGACCAUCUCCCCUUGCGAUACCGUUGAACGCCAGCCCAGUCGCGAUAGAUAAUCAGUUCUGGUCCGCUCCGAUCGAUGCGCAAUCGCUCCGUGCAUAUAGCGUGUGUGAAAAUGUAAACACACGAGGACGUGCAUGCAGCAUUGACGAAUUUCGAUCCUUGAAUAAUUUCGAUAUGGACCCUACUCAUCGAUCUCCUAUGCCUGGUGAACUACUAUUAUCCUCAGACGCCAUUACCUCUCCCGAAGACCUGGCCAUGUCAGCUCGCAAAAUCCUGGAUGAAAUACUCGUGAUUGCAGCAAGCGUCAUGGAAAAUGCUAUACAACAUCAAGAAGCGCAGGACCGUCAAAAUGUUCACAGAUAUUCCCAUGUUACCCCGUCACGGCAACGCUCUCUUCACAUUCCGCGCACCACCCAAUAUUUUCACUCACUGGCGUGUUACCGCCUCCUACGAUCCUCUCUUUCCAAGAUUGAGGCACAAAGGCAAGAGAUGGGUGGGGCGAAUGCGUACAGGAUGGCUAGAGCUCUGGGCCCAUUUGAGGAUAUGUAUGAAGAGAUAGUUAAGGGAGAUAUUCGAUUUGAUAAGCUGGUCAAUCACUUGUGCGCAGGAGAAGGUGGUAAUCCUCCCAUUGGGAGACCUUAAGGCAGGGCGUGGCGUUAUCAUAGGUGAUUCGUAGGUUUUUGUUUUGAUCGGGUCUGUUGAGACCAACUAUCGUAUAGCUUUUCUCGGUGUAAUUACAUUUAGUCUCCUUUUUCGACCAUGCAUGCAGAUCAGUCUAGUGUUCUUGCACAAUCUAUAUAGAUCUGUAUGCCUGUAAUUAAUGAAUAUAUAUCUCAGAUGACCUCGAA